AUGGCACAAGCUAUGAACUCCGAACACCGCCCCAAUGACAAGAUCGACGUCCUCAUCAUCGGCGCUGGGCCUGCCGGAUUGAUGAUGGCAAAUUGGAUGGCCCAUUGCGGCGUCAAUGCACGGAUCGUGGACAAGAGAGGAACCAAGGUUUUCAAUGGUCAGGCCGAUGGGCUCCAGUGUCGCACCUUGGAAAUAUUGGAUUCCUUCGGCAUCGCACAUCGGGCCUGGAUCGAGGGGAACCAUAUGCUUGAGAUUUGUCUCUGGAAUCCCGACAAGGAUGGGCUUAUUCGGCGAAGCGACCGAAUUCCCGACACGACUCCUGGCAUCAGCCGCUUUCAGCAAGUUGUGUUGCAUCAAGGCCGGAUCGAACGGUUCUUUCUUGAUUCCAUUGCCAGCAAAAGUGACAUCCGGGUCGAGCGUGGCGUCAUGCCAACUAAGCUAGACUUGGACGAAUCUCUGGCCGAAGAUCCAGAUGCUUACCCCAUCACGGUUACACUGCGACAUUUAUCUGAGGAAGAGGCAACUCCAAAGCAAACCGCUACCUCGGCCAAUGGUUCUGUGAUCUCCGAUGGUCUAUUUCGAAGCAAUCUAUCACCAGAUGAUACUGAGGAUCUCCUCAGGAAGUCCGAGCUUAAUGACAAGGCCAAUUCCGAGGAGACUGUGAAGGCAAAAUAUGUGUUGGGGGCAGACGGUGCGCAUUCUUGGGUCCGAAACCAACUGGGAUUCAAGCUGGAGGGGGAUUCAACAGACUACAUCUGGGGCGUCCUCGACAUUAUCCCCAUCACAGAUUUUCCGGACAUCCGAAUGAGAUGUGCAAUUCAUUCUGCUAGCUCGGGCAGCGUGAUGGUUAUCCCUCGAGAGAACAAGCUGGUACGCCUGUAUAUCCAGCUCACCACAGUUGGGGCGGGAAAUGCGGGUAAAUUUGAUCGCUCGAAGAUCACACCAGAUCUCAUUCUUCGAUCAGCUCAGAAGAUCAUGGCGCCUUACAAGAUAACCUAUCGCUACUGCGACUGGUGGACUGCGUACCAGAUCGGCCAGAGAGUCGGAACCCAGUUCUCGGCCAAAGAACGCAUUUUUCUCGCCGGCGACGCCGUUCACACACACAGUCCCAAAGCUGGCCAAGGAAUGAAUGUCAGCAUGCAGGAUGCAUACAACUUGGGUUGGAAAGUGGCAAGCGUCGUCCGGGGCAUUUCCGACCGUUCCAUCCUCAAGACGUACCAAUCAGAACGACGGCGCAUUGCCCAAGACCUGAUCCGCUUUGACCACAGAUUCUCAAGGCUCUUCUCCGGCAGACCAGCAAAGGAUGUCAUGGACGAGGAGGGCAUCAGUAUGACCGAGUUCAAGGAGGCAUUCGAGAAUGGCAACCUGUUUGCGAGCGGUAUAGCUGUCAAUUACGGGUCUAGUACCAUUGUUGCAAAAUCCGGUGAUUCGGUGGAGCAGGGAGAUGGAUCAGAUGUGGCAACUCAGAACGAAGCAUACAAGGUCACCAGUAAGCCGUCCUUGGCCAGCAAAGUGGAGAUUGGCAAGAGAAUGCCGAGCUUCAAAGUCCUCAACCAAGGGGAUGCCCGUCCAUCACACUUCCAGGAGCUACUCCGUAGCAAUGGGACGUGGAGAGUUGUCAUCUUCCCCGGCGAUCUCACGAAUUCCCGACAGGCAGAGCGAUUCACCGAGUUGGGCAAGGCGCUGGGAGCGCAGAACUCGUUCCUCCGGCGCUUCACGCCGGGGGAUGCUAGACACGAUUCCGUCAUUGAGUUACUUGCUGUGCACGCAGGCCACCGGCAAAAGUUCACCAUCUUCGACUUUCCAGAAGCGUUUCGUCCCUUCGACGACAAGGACGGUUGGGACUACUGGAAAAUCUUUGUGGACGACAACUCCUACCACGAAGGUCAUGGACAUGCGUAUGAGAACUAUGGAAUUGACCCUGGAGAAGGUUGUGCCAUCAUCCUGCGGCCCGACCAGUAUGUGUCGUACGUGGGAUCCAUGGAUGACUACGAUGCCAUGGACAGGUUCUUCUCGGCAUUCAUGAUUGAACAAAGUGGUCAAAAGGCUGGAAAUGUACGCGAGCCACUCUUCGAUGUCGGCGUUGCCCCUGGGGACAUACAGGAGAAUGUCGCAGUCAGGGUUGGGAGCUCGACAAGUCUAGUUGCUGCGUAG